AUGAGUUACUACAAUCAGAAUCAGCCACAGCCCCCAGUUGGCGAUACCCGCCAGAAGGCUACGCAAAGGACGCAUAUCCGCCGCCUGGUUACCCGCAGCAGGGAUACCCGCCGCAGGGGUACCCUCAGGGAGGGUAUCCGCCGCAGUACGCCCCGCAGUACGGCCAGCCUCCGCCGCAACAGCAAUCGAGCGGCAGCUCCGGAUUAUUACAGGGAUGGUAAGCUAAUCUACGCCCGAUCACUGGAUUUCUGUGUGAAGUUCGAUUUUCUUAUUUCUGUGAGGUUCAGAUCUGAACGAUCUGUUGUGUUUGCUAUUGAUUCGAUGAGUUUGGCGGCGAGUCUAAAAAACGCGGAUGUUAACGUGCGCGGUGGGCCGUCGGUUGUAGGGUGGGUUGCGUACUUGCUCUGUGCUGUUGUUGCCUGCUGGAUGCUUGCUUUUGAAGAGCAGGCUUUCAAGAUUUUAUUUUCUUCUUCAAAACGGAUUUAUAUUUAG